UGUAACCAACAUUGAGGCAAGCUGUGAUGGAGACGGGUCGCUAGUAGGGCCUACAAGUUUAUUCUCGUCGGUGAUCAUGCCCCGCUCGUUCCUUGUGAAAAGACGAAAGAGCGCCGAUGCAAAAUCCACGCUCGAUUCCGAUGCAACUGAAAAAACUCAAGAUCCUUCCAACAGCUCAGAAGAGAAACACAAGUUUGUGUCUCCCUGUCAGGCCUCGCAAUUUCAUCCACAAAUAUUUCCUUGCGGCAUACUGGGAAGAAAACAUCAUUGGAAUCACACAAAUGCUGCAUGCUUGCCAAACAGACCAAGAACUUUUCCAGAAACACCAGAGGCUUGGGUUGAAUGUGCUUCCAAGUGUGUAAAUACUCACUGUUGCAGGUAUUUUCAUAGAAAACUUGAAGAGCCUACUAGUUGUUUGUGCUGUUUGACAUCCCAAAAAUUUCUGUCUGAUGUUACUCAACUACAAGUACCUCUAUGGCAUAGGAAUAUGAAUUAUGACAGCAGCUGUAAUGGGAUUUUCUCACAUCAUUUUGGUCCAUUUAGCCCUAAACCAUUGUCCUGUCCAGUGAACAGACUUGACGCUCAUGCAAAAGAAGUAAAUGAUAAGGAAGAUGACAAUUUGACCUCAUGUCAUGUUGUCAACUGCAGUGCCAUGUUUGGUGCAAGACUGGAGAAAAGCCCAAAAUUUGUUAAGAAAGAAGAGGUGUUUCCAAAUGCUGCUUUAAAGGAUGAUAAAUAUGAAUUCAGUAAUGACCUUCCAGCAAAGAAAAUAAAACUGACAUCUGUUGAAAAUGAUGACAUGUUGAUGAAGGAGGACAGUAAAGAAAAUUUAAAUCAUGAAUAUGAAACUGAGGUAAAUUCUACUACUGAAAAAACAAAGCCUGAUGAUUCACUUCUCAGAGAAAAAAUUAAACAAGAGUCGCCAGGGCCAGAGAAUAUCACAGACAGCAAUGUUGUACCCUCUCACAGAAAAACUAAAAAACAUGAAGAGUCUAAACAAACCAGUCAAGGAAAAGAUGAGUUGAACAACCACAAAAAGCAGGACAAAAAUGCUGCUGAGAUUAAAAGAAAAGCAUCUAUGCAGGAAACAAAAAAGACGCAACAGACAAAAUCAAAGAAGGGAUCUAGGGAAAGCAACAUGAAGCCAUACAACACAAGGGUGUUGACAUCUCGUCGGCCGAGAACUUACAGCAAUGAUUUUCUUCUAGCUGAAGAAGAGGAGGACUGGCAGCAAGGAAACGAGGGUUAUCAAAUGAAGGGCAGGCAAAGGACAAAACUGAACAGGCUCUUGGCAAACGAACAUGAGCGUAGGAGAGUUGCACAAUUGAAUAGUGCUUACCAAGAUCUCAGACAGUUGAUUCCAGGGUAUCAAUGUGACACAAAGCUUCCAAAGAUAAAAAUACUGAAAUAUGCAAUCAAUUACAUUGCACAUCUGGAUGACAUACUAGCAGACAACUUCACUAGAAGUUAAAAUUAGAGGUAAAUUAGUUUCAACCUAUCUCUUUGUUUACAAAUGGCUGCAAGUAUUGUUGCCAUGCAAACUUAUUAUGUUUAUUGGAUAAGCCUUUAGAGCGAAGAGUGAUCAGCAUCUAAUUUCUCCUCACAAUAAUACUGCUGAAUCAUUCAUUAUGAUCAUGAGAAUAAAGGAAAUAAUCACCAACAUAAGAAGCUUUGAUUGAUAAACAAAUUCUCCUUGUCAGUACCAGUGGAAAUGUAAUGAGAUGAAUGAGGAGAAUAUGGUUAUAGAUAUCAGGGCUUUGGCCUAGCAGUGCCCGGUGGCCCCUGGCACCUUACUUUUGCUCUCGGGCAAUUUGGGAAUCUUAGUUUUUUCAUAUAAAGCAUAUGCUGGGCACCCUGGAUUUCACAGUUUCAGAGCACUGGGCUCCCUUCAAUUUUUCUCAGGGCACAGCCUUGGAUAUUAUGGUGUAAAGGGUUAAAAAUGCUUUACUUUCUGGCUGCUAAGUAACUUGAAAAUCUUUUGCUGUUUAUGUUUUGUACAUCUAUGUCGUUGAUUGGCAAAAAUACAUCCUGCAUAAAACAAUUACUGCAUAAUAUAUUGCUGCAACAAUUUUUUGCCUUAUUUUGGUAACCAACUCUGCAUGCAACUUUAGUGUCACUUGGCAUUCUUUGUGCUUGAACUUGAAAUAAUUAAAUACAGAUUAUUUACCAUGUAGAGUAUAACAGUAAUAUAUCACCAAAAUUGAAAUAAAAUUGGAAAAAUA